AUGCCCUCCCCACAAACCACCUCCGUUCAGCCGGAACUCGAGCCGGAUUCCGCUUACUAUCGGGUCAAGACCCAUCCACGCAAUGGCUCCGCAAAAUUCGAGAUCGUGGGCACACAACGGGGUCUCCCCGCUUGGACGAAGCUAUCGAAGUUCAGAAAAAUGAGGAAGGGCUUCCUCUGUGUGCGAGUAAAUGACCAAAUUGUGGUGUACUGGAUGGACGACCAGAAUACGGCGCAAGAGGCCAAGGCUCUGGUCCUGGAGAUCAGAGUACUAAAAGCGGAACGGAUCCCAGCUAUGGAAGACACCAAAAACAUAACACUGUUGCUAGUGGCAUGGUUCUACGACGGGGCGGCGGCUGGCAGCCGUUCCUCGCGCUCCCCCAACCUGAUCCUUUCGUCUCAUAUCGAUGUAAUCUCUAUCGACACGGUCAAAAAGGUUAUGAGCCGUGAAAAGAAGAUCGCCAUCCGCGAUGUGCUGAUCUUCCACACUAUGACGAAUAUUCCGGCCUCGGAGGUGAAGUGGCUUCCUCGCGUGGGAACAGUGUCUCCAAUGAAGUCUCCAAAGAAGAAGACAGUUCUUGCGGUAGGAAUUCCUCCAAAGUCGGAGGAGUCCCCGCCAGAUGACCAGAUCCAAGAAGAGUGCGCUCCAUCCCUGUUAGACGCAGAAAAUGCCAGAAACCGCAUCGUCCUAUCGAGGCCAUAUGAAAGAACGCCAACACCGUCACCGUCACCGAUGCCAACGCCACCACCGCAUGUGUUGGGUUCUGGAUUCAUCAGUUCUGGAUUCAUCAGUUCUGGAUUCAUCAGUUUUGGAUUCAUCAGUUUUGGAUUCAUCAGUUUUGGAUUCAACAGUUCUGGAUUCAUCAGAUGAGCUGUAUUACUCGGCUGAGCCGUCGGCCUCGAAAGAGGGGUCUCCGUCACCCCCGUGAUAAUCAACUCACGCUCUGUGUCGCCCGAGACGCAUCGGGACUUCGACCGGGCAUAGGGGAAUGGUGCCGCAGUGCCAAGGCAGACUAACAGCACGGGUAAAGGUCUACUGUCAUGGGAUCCUGACAAGGCUGGGCAAGUUACUAUGGAAGAGGUUCAACAAAAUUGGUCCAGGAAAGGGCCGUGGGAUUGAGGGUUUCCGUUGAUACUGAUAGAUGAAGAGUAUAUCAAUGAUUUCAGUCUAUAUAUCUCACUGUAAUGAUUGUACAAUACAAAA